AUGCUAACAAGAUUGUCUAAUGUAAGAAGAGUUGGUAGUCUUUCCAAACGUGACAGUUAGUAACUAGACGAGAGUAUUUAGAUUGUUGGUUAAUGCAUACUGUUUUCUUCAUCUGUCUAAUCCAUAAGGUGGUGGUUAAGACUCUUCUGAGAGACACUAAAGUGUGUUUAGUGAAGGAAGAGACGGAUGCCAGGAAGGAUGAAGACAACAAUGGAGGUAGGGCAUAGUGUUUAACAUACUCCAGUCUACUCCCAGCACUGCAGUUUAACGCUGGAAGAGUCCUAAACUCAUGUCUAACACUACAUAGUUCAUCUCCUGUGACCCAGAUGUAGUGCUGAGUGAUUAGUGCUUUUUGAGGUUGGUUCUGUUUCAAUUAUAUAAUUUAAAAAUUAAUGGUUUGCAGUUUGGGUUAUUUAAAAAACAACAACAUUAAAUGCAGUAAACAUUAAAUGCACCAUGAGUGCUGGAACACAGAAUAUAACAAUGAAUAAAAGUCCCUUGAUGCCCGUUACUGCUUAUCACUUAUUAACCAUAAUUUAUUCACAUUACUUUAAUAAAAUAUUUGUCUGUUACACUUUAUUAUUAUGACUUUAUUAUUACAUUCCAAGUCAUUUAAUCUCUAUAGAGCUGCUGCCUAUUUUCGGACAAAAUCGCUAUUUUAGUAGUUCUUCAAAGUAAAUAAGGCAUACUUUUAUGACUGCUGAUUACCAGCUAUCAAUCACUUAGAUUAUGUAUUUUCAACUGCUCUCCAUCUCCUUUUUUACGUAGCAGGCGUAAAAGAAACGGACCAGACAAGUAGGCACGCAAUGGAUUAUGGUCAUUGUAGUUAAUUACAACGUUUUCUCUGCAAAUUAUGAAGACUAUUUUGAAACUAGAACUCCGUACUACAUUGCACAGUUCGGGCUUGGUUUGAUUAAUCUCUAGAGAAACUGCGCAAUGUGUGCAUUGACCUCACAUAUAAAAACAAAUGGAAUUCAAAUAAUUGAACCGACGUCAGUCAUUUAGUUGUUUAAAAAAUGAAAAAUAACCCAACAUUUCGGUUAAUCGCUCAGCACUACCCAGAUGUAUGUCUUAGUAGCAUUUGUUGUGUCCUGUCAUCUCUAAGAUGUAGUGAUUAUGUAGAAGAAAAAGAAGUCAAGAAAAACGUUCUAAGCCAGAGCUAGAGGGAUUUUUGUAAGUGAUGUAAAUGUCCUUGGGUCUAACCGGGUUAAAUGGGUGAAGAAUUACUGAAGGUGAAUUAAAUGUCAGCAAGGAUUUCUUCAUUUUCUUAUGAGGAAAAUGACAUUUCUCAUUAUUGUCUGUUCCCUUUCUCCUCUCUUAUCAUUUUCUUCUUUCCCUUCCAUCCACCCACCCAUCUCUGUCCUCCCUCAGUUGUGUCUCCUCAGUUCUUCCCUUGUCCACACUGCACCAUCUCCUUUACUGACUGUUACUUCCUGGAGAACCACAUCAAGACCAAACACCAGAAGCAGUACCUGGCCAUGUUGAAAAGCCAAGUCUCAAAGAGUAAAACAGUGUAUGGCCCCACACACAGCUGUCCCCACUGUAGCUGCAUGUUCCAUACACCACGACAGCUAGACAUCCACACCCGCAAGGCCCACCCCUCUGCCCUUGCCCGGAAACCUGCCCAUCCCCGCAGGGUUCCGGGGAAACUCCACCCCUGCCCGCAGUGUGCCCGCAGAUUCCCGUACCUGGGCACCUUGCUGAAGCACUGCAAGAAUUUGCACAAAAUGGCCGUUGUUCGCAUCGAUGGACACAUCAGUUGCGCUGACUGUGGGAAGAGCUUUGAGAAUUGCUGGGGCCUGGGGCCUCACCGGUGUCACGAACCAGAGGGUUCUAAACCUAAGGACACUAAACCUGUGAUCUGUCUGGAAGUCGGCUUCCAUUGCUCAGAAUGUGGCAAGAUCCUCACUACUCCUACGAGCCUGAACACUCACAUGCGCAUCCACACCGGAGAGAAGCCUUACGAAUGCAAAGAGUGCGGCAAAAGAUUCUCGAAUGGCAGCAGUUUAGGCAAACACCUGCUGAUACACAAGGGGGUCAAAGAAUUCAAAUGCCAGGAUUGUGGGAAGGCUUUCGCCCAGGCAAACCUUCUCAGGAAUCACAUGACUGUUCACUCUGGUGAGAGAAAGUUCUCCUGCUCCCAAUGUGACAAGCGGUAUGCAUACAGGGGUAGUCUGGAGCUUCACCUGCGCGUACACUCAGGGGAGAGACCUUUCAAAUGUACUGUGUGUGGUAAAGACUUUGCUGACAAAUGUUAUCUGAAAACGCACCUGAAUAUACACAACAACCAGAAAAACUACCAUUGUGGGGUUUGUGGGCGGAAGUUCAUAAGGCUUGGGUUGUUGAAGUUACACAUGCGCUCACACACCGGGGAGAGGCCCUACCACUGUACAGUGUGCAACAAUAAGUUUUUUAGACUCUCACACCUGAAGAACCAUCAUCUCACUCACACAGGUGAGAAACCAUACACCUGCACCGAGUGCGGUAAAAGCUUCACUCAGUCUGGAGAUCUGGCCAAACACAAGCGCUUCCACACUGGGGAAAGGCCAUUUGAAUGUUCUGAAUGCCACAGCCGGUUUAUCUGUUCAGGUUCUCUGACCCUGCACAUGAGGACCCACACUCACCGUGAUGUAAAGCCAUACUCCUGCCAAGAGUGUGGGAAGAGCUUUUAUGAACAGAGUCACGUUAAAGUCCACAUGAAAAUCCACAAGGGGAAACCGUAUUCUUGCCCCCACUGCUUUUUUUACUUUGCUCGCAAGAGCAACCUCUCCAAUCACCUGCCUAGAUGUCCUAAACGUAAAUGA